AGUGUUGACUUUUCACAGACUGCGUCACUUGCCAAGCGCUGGCCAGAUUUAUCAAGACACCAUGAAAACUGCGAUUUUUGUCCUUAGUCUUCUCUUUGCCGUCGCACAGUCUGAAAACGUCGUGCAAGCUGAAACCGAGCCGACGCAUUUCGAUGAAGUCGAAGUCGAACUGAGUGAAGACGAUUCGACUCCUUGCACUAAGAAGCAGCUGGCUGAAAGAAAGAAAUGUGAAGGCAUGAUGGGAUGUCAUGUGACUCAGUGUGAUUCAGAUGGUUCAUAUUCGGCAAAGCAGUGUUCUGGGUCAACUGGCUAUUGUUGGUGUGUUGGCGAAGAUGGCAUUGAGUUUGAGAAUUCUCAGCAAAGAGAGUGGGAAAGUGGUAAACUUGAUUGUGAAACAAUGAGAGCAGAGAGAGCAGCUCCUUGUCGAAUGCAACAGGAGGCUGAACAGAGCAAAUGUAAAGGACUGAUGGGAUGUCAUGUAACUCAGUGUGGCGAGGAUGGAUCGUAUUCAGCGAAACAGUGUUCGGCGUCUGGCUAUUGCUGGUGUGUGGAUGAAAAUGGAGUCGAAUUUACAGGCUCCAGGCAGAGAGAGUGGGAGAGUGGCCUGCUUGAUUGUACCUCAAUGAGAGCGGCAAAACGUGUUCCAACAGGUUGCUCAAGUGACGAUCAGUGCACCUUCAAGGGCCACUGUUUCGAGGGGAAAUGUGUGUGCCGAUUAGCUUGUCCACGCAUCCUCUACCAAGUGUGUGGUAGUAAUGAUGAAACAUACGACAAUGAAUGUCUGUUGGAAGUCGAUUCGUGUGUUAAACAAAUGGAGAUUGUCAAGUUGUAUGAUGGCGUGUGCCGAGGAAACGGAUUGAGCUGCGACGAGCUCGAAUGUGACGAAGACAAGCACUGCGAGGUCACAAACGGUCGAGCCGGAUGCGUCUGCUCGACUGAUUGCGACGAAUUCGACGAGCCCGUGUGCGGCGAGGACGACAAAUCGUACAAGAGUGCAUGCCAUCUGAAAGCGGCCAACUGCAAGAGCAAGCAACAAAUUCGCAUUCGACACGAGGGCUUGUGUGACGAGGCUGAAGAAGUCGAAGAGGCAGACAGUGCUGAGUGAAACAGGCCUGCUGAUUAACACAUUGAAGGGACAUUGGAUUUUGUGCAAAUUAGAUUAGUAGCUACAACGUGUAGGGUUUUACAACAUGCUUGAGUGUAUAAGCGCUAUAGCGAGACGUCGUCCUUAAAUGCGAAAUUUCUCCAACAA